AUGGCCGCGAUGCAGUUGCCCGCGGCGCGCGGCGUCGCCGACACGCUGUUCUCGGUGCUGCCGCGCGCGGCGGAGCUCGUCGUCUGGGACUUGCUGCGCGUGGCGCUCAGCCCGAUCCUGGGCUUCGGCGGGAGCAAGGCCGAGCCCGGUCCCGACGUCCCCGUCAUGCGAUGGUACCAGGAGGCGGUCCUCGACCCGGACAGCCUCCAGGCGCGCGCCGGCCGGCCCGUGGGCUUCAAGGGCGUCGGCCGGAACCAGCACCUCAACCGCCGGCUCUACGUCGCCGCGGGCCGCGGCGACGCCGGGGCCGUCCGAAAACUCGCGAAAAGCGGCGCGGACGUCAACGCGCGGCUCUUCCAGCUCAUCAACUACCUCGACGGCUCGAACGGCCAGCCGAGCGGCCACGGCGUGCGCCUCUCGGAGUUCCGCGGGCGGUGGAUCGACCAGCGGCCCGACUGGAACGUCGCGCGGUGGGGGCGCGCGGGCGACCCGGCGGCCAUGACCUACGCGUCGCGCACGGCCCUGCACGAGGCCGCGAAGCGCGGCUGCGCGGCGACGGUCGCGGCGCUCCUCGAGCUCGGCGCGAGCCCCUACUCGCGGGGCGAGGGCCUGCGGACGCCCGCGCAGGAGGCGCUCGAGUCGCGCGCGGCCGCGGGCGGCUGGGAAAACUACAUCGUCGAGCAUCGCAACAUUACCAAGUCCAUCGUCUCCAAGUGCGCCCCGGUCCCCGACGACUGCCUCCUCGCGAUCGCCGCCUUCGUGGCGCCCGCGGGCGGCUGGUGA